AUGCCCACCAUAAGGGGAAUAGCGUCAUGCGUCAGAUCAGAUUUGACUCGGCCGUUCCGAUUGUGGAGAGAAGAGCAAGAGCAGCCAGGAAGCACUCAUAGUGGUUACGCGGCAGAUGUGUUUCCAUCAAUCAUGGAAAUUGCCCGUGGCGCAGUUUUGAUGGAUUCGUAUCACCGGCUGUUUUAUUCCCAGACUCGGAUGUCGAUGCCGACAUGCGACGAGAUGGCUCUGCUCAAUAAAGAUUGGUCGAGGCAUCACCAGUUGAAAGCUUGA